GCAGGAUGAAUCCCUCCCUGGAACAGAGUGGUGGCUGCAAUAACCGAGAACCGCUCCAGAGAUGCACUGACGCCCGCAGGGAGCUGGAGCUUGCUACUGGCGGAGUGCUCCGGGCCGAUAAGCAAAUUAAAGACAACCUGCAAGAGGUGAAAGCUCAGAUUCACAGUUGCAUAAGUCGUCACCUGGAAUGUCUCCGAAGCCGUGAGGUGUGGCUGUAUGAGCAGGUGGAUCUCAUCUACCAGCUCAAAGAGGAGACGCUCCAGCAGCAGGCUCAGCAGCUCUACUGGUUACUGGGCCAAUUCAAUUGUCUCAUUCAUCAACUGGAGUGCACCCAGAACAAAGACCUUGCCAAUCAGGUUUCUGUUUGCCUGGAGAGAUUAGGCAGUUUGACCCUUAAGCCUGAAGAUUCAACUGUUCUCCUCUUUGAAGCCGACACGGCUGCUCUGCACCAGACUAUCACCACAUUUGGCUCCCUCAAGACCAUUCAAGUUCCAGAGCACCUGAUGUCUCAUGCUAGUUCAUCAAAUGUUGGCCCUUUCCUAGAGAAGGGUUAUAUCCCAGUGCCAGAGCAGAAGUCAGCAUGCAGAGGCACAGCUGUUCCUCUCAGCGAAUGGCUUCUUGGAAGCAAACCUGCCACUGGGCAUCAGUCUCCAUAUGUACCCAGCACCAACCCCCAGGACUGGCUCACCCCAAAGCGGACCUCCGAGAGUAGUCAGACUCCUGCCAGAGCCUGCAGUUUCUUCAGUAAUGUCUGGGGCAACUUAAAGGGCUUAGAAAACUGGCUCCUCGUGAGUCAGCAAAAAAGAAUUUCCGGAAAAUCAAGUUCCCCAAAGUGUAACAGCAGUUCUACCACCAGUACUUUCUCCAGUGAAGUUGAAAAGGCAGAAGACAUGGAGUUCCUGGAUCAAGAUGAGCUGCGCCUGUCAGACUGGCUGGUGACGCCUCAGGAUCCCCUCAAAGUGGAGAAGCCUGAGAAUGGCGACCCUGAAGCCAGUGAGAAGUGGAAACUCCUAUUUCAGGUGUUCAGGGAGCCCUACAGUGUGAGUGAGUGGCUCGUAAAGUCCGACUCCUGUACCAACUGUCGGGGUAACCAACCCAAGGGUGUGGAGAUCGAAAACCUGGGCAAUCUGAAGUGUCUGAAUGAGCACUUGGAGGCCAAGAAACCACUCUCCCUCCCCAGCAUGGCUGCUGAGGACUGGCUUGUCCAGAACCAUCAGGACCCAUGUAAAGUCGAGGAAGUCUGCAAAGCCAACGAGCCCUGCACAAGCUUUGCAGAGUGUGUGUGUGACGAGAACUGUGAGAAGGAAGCUCUGUGCAGAUGGCUUCUGAGGAAAGAAGGAAAGGAUAAGAAUGGCGUGCCCGUGGAGCCCAAAUCUGAGCCCGAGAGACACAGAGAGUCCCUGGCUAAGUGGCUGCAUCCUGACAGGAGAGCGCUCACAGACCCAACUAAGGCCCCAAAGGCAGUGGCUCCUGCUGGAGUCUCUGACUCCUUCCAAGUCAUCCGGAACAGUUCCUUGCCACAGUGGCUCAUCAGGCCUUUCUGCAAAGGAAGUCCCAAGGAAGUGCUUGGUGCUGAGGGCAGAGCUGCCAAAGACAAGCCCAAGAGCCCUGUGACUGCUUCCUGGUGCCCCUCUGGUGCCGACUGGGUCCUGCCAGGAAAGAAGAUGGGAAACCUCAGCCAGUUCUGCCCUGGAGAGGACAAGUGGCUACUUCGGAAGAAGGCCCAGGAAGUAUUUCUUAAUUCACCCCUAAAAGAAGAACGUAACUUUCCCCCAGACUGUUACGGCCUCCCAGCAGUUUGUGAUCUCUUUGCCUGUAUGCAGCUUCAAGUUGAUAAAGACAAGUGGUUAUAUCGAACUCCUCUACAGAUGUAAAGAGAAGGACCAUUAGACUCGGCAGCCUUUGCAGAUGAUCAUAUGCGUCCUUGAGCUGAGCAACCGCAACCUGCCAAAUCAUUGUGUAUUCUGGGUCUGAUUAGUGGGCUCUGUUCCUGUCCUGCCUCACUCUGAACUAGAAGAACAAUCACCAACUUAUGAGUUAUUUUGUAAGAGGCUUUUGAUGCUAACGUGAUUCAUUUCCUUCUUACGGAAGUACUGACUUGAUUACUCUCACACUAGAAAUAGCAUCUUGGUGCAUAGGCCUUCACCUCCUUCCAUGGUAAAUUAAACACUGUAGUUACAAAAGUGAAAUUUUCUAUAAUCAGAGUGUGUUAAUGUGUUUCAAACUAGUCACUUCCCUGACCUUUGGGUUACUCUAGAUGUUCUCUUGCUGUGGGCUUUCUUCUAGUGCUCUGAAAGGCUUCUGUGGAGUUCAUAUGUAGGACAUUUCACACACAUAAUUAACUUUACCAAUACAGUGUACUUUCUCCUCA